AUGCAACUGCUAAAUCGUCAUCGACAACCUUGUAAUACUUUUAGCUUUCGCUUAGUCGUCAUUAUUUUCCUUUUUAAAUCUAUACACGCUGAAUACGACUGCUCAGCGCAAGAUGAUGGCUGGUAUUAUGAUCCAGAUUUCUGUCAUAUCUAUUGGCGAUGUAUUCAUGGAACAUCGGAAGAAUUCGAAUGUGCAAGUGGUACUGCUUGGGACCAUCACGAAAAUCGUUGCAAUUGGCUAGACAAUGUUGAUUGUUCGCGUGCUGAGAAAACAACAGUUAAAAUAGUCGUUGAUGAUGGAAAUGAAAAUAGUAGUGAAGAAGCUCAUCAUAAUUCAACAGAUGAAUCUGAGGAUCAACCUACUGUUGUUAAGAAAUCGAAAAAGAAAAAGAAAAAUUCUCGAAAAUUAAAUUCCGAUAAACGAAUGCUUCCUGGUGAAAAGAAAAAUGGCCUAGAUCUUCAUGAUCAUUUACUUCAUGAUAUGAAUAUCCACAUAUAUAUAUAUAUCACUUACACUUCUCUUCCAGUCAUUCUUCUGAUUAUUUUUCAAACAAAUGCAUCCACUGAUUUUCUCUGUGCUGGUCGUGAUGGAUUUUUUGCCCAUCCCGAAUAUUGCACGAGAUAUUACCGAUGCUCGCAUGGAAUUGAUGAAGUUUUUGAAUGUCCACGAGGUACUGCAUGGGAUGAGGUGACAAAAUCGUGUGCAUGGGUCGAACAAGUUGAUUAUACAACAACAUCGAGCAAAAAUUCCGAUUCCGAUUCGGUUUCGUCAGGUGGUAAUCCACCAUCGGCCGUUUCAUCAACGAACGGCAAGGAUGGUGGCGCGGUUGUGAUUGAAUGUCAACCAACUGGAAUUUAUACAGUACCGGAUCCAGCUGAAUGCAAUGCCUAUUAUCAAUGCGAUAAAGGUGUCCGAACACGAGUCGUAUGUCCAGAGAAAACAUUUUUUGAAACGGAAAAGCGCGAAUGUAUGGAAUUGGAACGCGUUUCCUGUGGCACAAGAGCGAUCAAUCCAGCAGAUAAAAAUCAAUGUGUAAAUAAACGUGAUGGUAUUUAUCCUGAUACUGAACGUGAUUGUCACUACUAUUAUCAAUGCGUUGAACAAAACAAACUACGUGAAGCUAAAUGUGCGGGUGAUAACAAAUUUAGUAGUUAUACAGGACGAUGUGGUCCAGUUAGUACCGUACCGAUGCCAUGUGGUAGAUAUGUUCCUGGAAAUUUCGCAACAAAAAGCCAUCAAACGAUUCAUAUCCUAUCUAUCAUGAUGAUUCUUUUUGUUAUUUUCUAUGUAUAA